CCGCCGGGGCGGCCGCCGAGUUGCCGCUCCCCGCUUCCGGGGCUCCGCCGGGCGGGCGGAGCGGGGCCGCCCGGGGAGGGAGCGGGAGGAGCCGCGCCGAGCUGAGCCGAGCCGCGCCGAGCCGUGGCGGGCCGGGCCGGCGCCGGCGAGAUGAAGAAGCCGGACGGAAAGGUGGUGCUUCUGGGGGACAUGAACGUGGGCAAGACCUCCCUGCUGCACCGCUACAUGGAGAGGCGCUUCCAGGACACGGUCAGCACCGUCGGCGGCGCCUUCUACCUCAAGCAGUGGGGGCCCUACAACAUCUCCAUCUGGGACACGGCAGGACGGGAGCAGUUCCAUGGCCUUGGCUCUAUGUACUGCCGAGGAGCAGCUGCCGUGAUCCUCACGUACGAUGUAAACAGCCUCCAGAGCCUGAUGGAGCUGGAAGACAGAUUCUUGGCGCUGACAGAUACUGCAAGUGCUGACUGCAUUUUUGCUAUUGUUGGAAAUAAAGUUGACCUCACUGAUGACUGUGCUUUAUCACCCGAAGCAGAGGAUGAAAAUAGACCUGAAAAGUCCCCUGCCAGCUGUGGCUCAAACAAGGUGCGAAAACAAGUCCAUGCAGAGGAUGCGAUUGCACUCUAUAAAAAGAUACUGAAAUAUAAAAUGCUGGAUGAGAAGGAUGUUCCAGCAGCUGAGAAGAUGUGCUUUGAGACCAGUGCAAAAACGGGGUAUAAGGUGGACUACCUCUUUGAAACAGUCUUUGAGAUGGUAGUACCAAUAAUUGUAAAGCAGAAGGCUGAGGGACCACCACAAACUGUAGACAUUACUGAUUACAAACCAGCAAAAAGGACAAAAUCUGGCUGCUGUGCCUGAAUGACUUCUGUGAUGUAGGAAAAGGAAGGGACUGUUCACUGUAGCAAUCUGAACAGUAAGAAGUGCUUAGAGUUCACCAGAGAAGUCAAAGAAUAAAUGGACUAAAAUGGUGUGUGAAUAAAAAUAUAUCUUCUGAACAUUAAAAGUUUCUGGGAAACUCUGUUAAUGAGAAUGAGCGAAAUUAUGGAGCAAAACUUCCUGGUUUCAAAGGGCUCUAAAGACGUAGCAGUACAUGUUAGUACAAUUGGUAGUGACAAUCGUUUGAGCAGUCUUGAAGGAGUCUUAUUUUUAAUGACUCGCCAUUUAAUGUUGCAUGUAAAGUAUCUGUUUAUGUACUGUAUACUGCUUUCACAUGACUGUCAUCUUUCUCCUUGUGAUCUGAACUUUGGAAAAUUGAAUACAUGGUACUUUUUUUUUAUUCUCAAAAAAGAAAAAAGAAAUCCAGAUAUAAUUUAUAUUUGUAGCUAAUAAAGAAAUUACAGUCUUUUAAUGUCAGCUAUGACAGUGUAAGAUUCAGAAGCUGUACUAUUAAAGUCACUGUCGAUAUGGA